AUGUCAAGCAUGCAGAACGAGAAGGGCAACACGGGCCUGGACUCGACCAAGGGAGGACCAACAACUCAAGUAUCGACAGCAAUGGCACCCAGAGCAGAGGCAGCAACUCCUCUUCAGGAGGAGGAUGAAGGAAGGAAGGAUGAGUCGAAGGUGCUGUUGGCUCAGUUUUCUCUCACCCGGGCAGAGAUCGGCUCCUUCCGACAGCUCAAGACAAGCACUCGGGAGAAGGACUAUUGUGUUUGUCUUUUCGAGCAGCAACAGGGAGUGGAAAGUGACGGUGAGGAGGGAGAGGUGGUAUCGGAGGCAUUGGAAAUCUCAGCCUCAAUUGGAUCGGACGAGACUACAUUGCAUCAACCAAUACCACGAUCUUCUUCAACCACUGCUACCUCUACUGCUCUGCCCACCUCAGCUGCGACUACUACCUCGUCCUGCUUAUCUUACUUGGAUUCUCAUCCGUCAUCCCAAGGGUCUUCUACUACCUCUGCCGUAUCUACCACAUCGCCAUCUUCUAGUCCUCCCCGUCACCACCGUCGCAGGUCCAGCACAGCGGAGGAGCAACAACAACAACAAAUCAGACGACGAAGUUUCUCACCUUCGCGACAACCAAUCACCGCUUGGCUGUGCCUUGCCUGUGGAGGACCAGCUUUGGAGUUGCCCCAACAUUGGAUCAAAAGGAUUUCCUACACGGCCUCGACGCGACUGUUGCGUAUAUCUAUCUGCGACUCGGCCUUUUCAUCAUACGAGGGCGUAUCGUGGAGAUCAUCGUACAAGAGUGCAAUGAAAUGCGAGGAUCCAACGAACGGAGAACUCGGUAGGGUACGGGCUAUCGACCUCUGUCUCUCUCGCCUGGUCGAGCCCAAGGAGGUCGACGAUCUUCUCGCAAGAUUCCCUUCUGACCUAAUCUCGUCCCCAGAAUCUCCAUCCGCGCUGCCCUCACCCCUACCACAGCUCCAUCGCCAUCUUCACCACUCAAAGCUUUGGGGAGGAGGAGGAGGACGGGAGGCCUCUUGCUCGCCUUUGACAGACUGUUCGCCAAAGAUGUCUCCUCUAGGGAUGUUGUCGCCUUCCAUCUCAGAGGAUACGGUGUGGUUGUCUUCCUCGGGAGGAUGUACACCUGAUCAUUCCUCGCGGCCUUAUCACCAACACCCUCAGCAGCAAGUUCUGACCGAUGCUGCGACCGACUUAACGAUGCGGCAACAACAGCAGGAACAGCGACACAGCAACGAUGCCCGCGAUGACGACCCCGAGGACAGUCGCAAUGGCCUCGGUGGAGCCAUGGAUGAUGAUCGCAAUUGCAACAGUAACAACAGCUGUAAUAACGACGCCAGCGCCUCGAUUAUGGCGAUGCUGAUGAUGAACCACCCCAAACCACACCUCUCCUCACCAGCAGUGGAAAAGUACCAGCAUCCACACUUUACCCCUAGCCAACAACUACUCUAUCACCAGCAGCAACAACAGAGUCUGCAGUUCUUUGCUCAGCGCAGUGUGUGCCCUCAGAGCAAUCCACCCAGCCAAGACGGUGCUCACAACAUGCUCAUCCAAGGUAUUGAAACCUGUAGAGGACGGGUUGCCAACUCGCGUCCUUACCAGCAUCGGCGAUCAGAGUCCGACUCUGGGGAUAUGCUAGUGUAUAGCGGAGGAGGGUUCCUUUCUCAUGGUGCUGAGGCCCAGCUCACGGAGCAGCAGCAGGUCUUUCAGGGAGCCAGAGGCAAGAACCAGAAUGGCAGGCGGCACAGUCUUCAGCCACAGCAGCAGCAAAACAGGCAGCAGCAGCAGCAACAACAACAACAGCAGUAUCAGCAGGGUAGUGGUAAUGGAGACUCGGGACAGAGACGCAAGGACCAGAGGCGCUUUUCGACAUCCUACCAGCAGAAAAACUUCCACCACAACCAACAGCACCAUCAUCAGCAGUCAUAUGAGGUUGUAAUGUCCACUUCUCAGGAUAAGCACAAAGUUGCCAGUUCCCCCGUGGCCGUUCAGCAGGCGUCGACAAGUCUAGUAUCGCAACCAAAAGCGGUUUCGGAGGCGAUCCUUCUCCAGGCUCCGGUUUCUAGCAGGCGCAGAUGCAUCUCGUUAGGAGAUUUUGACCCGGAUCCCAUUGCACCUAUUAUGCCACCUUCGAUCUGUUCCGCGCUUCGAAGGCGCCAUUCCCGCCGCAUGAGUUGUGACGGACGUCUUGAGACCUGCCUGACUGGUAUUUUGGAUCCUCGGUCAUCUCAGCCAGUAUCAGAAAGUAAUGUGGCAGCGACGGUCAAGGUUUCAGUGUCAUCCCAGUCCAACUCUCACCGUCUCCAACAGCAACAGCAAUGCUCCAACCAGAACCAGAGCCAGAGCGCAGCGGGUCGCAUGCAGCAGAUUCGAGGUCGUGGUCGGACACAAGGACCUUCGAUGAUGAAGGAGCAGACUGAUGCACAAUAUCGGUCAAAGCGCCACUCGCUGACCAUCUCCACCGAUUUCCCCAAGGACUCUCUCCAGGACACAGCCAUGUCGAGUGUGAGUGAUGCCGGGUCUGACCGCCGGGCCAGCAUUUCGUCCAGUAUCAGCGAUAUCAGUAUCAGUCUAUCCCAUUCGACUACCCUCAGCUCUUCGUCUUCAAGCACCAGCCUCAGCAGCAAUAGUAGUAACGGGGUCUGUACCCGCAAAGGCGGCCCACCCGUCCACUAUACGCUGAUGUGCUGGAUUGGAGGAAGGUGGCCAUGCAAGUUGAGACCCCUGAUCAAGAAGAGCACGCUCAACGAUAUCCAUAUCAUGCUCCGUCGGAACCUCAAACUGGCGCCCAGCUAUUAUAUCGAUAUUGAGUUUGAGUGGCAGGGCCAGACGUAUAUGAUUAUGGAUGCCACACAUUGGCAGUGGGCGAGGGAGCAAGUCCAGGAUGGGGAUAUGGCGAUUCGGUGUAAGAUCUGGCAGAAGCGGUUUGCGCGGUGA